AUGUCCACCCAAAAUUCAGCUUUUCUUGUGGAAAGCAAUCAACGAGGGUCUUCCUACAUUCUCUCUCUUACACCACAUCAACCUCACCAAUUCCAACCUUUGCCCAAGAUGCCCACUCCAGAAACAGCAGAACACAUGCUGAUCCAUUGCCAAGUGGCCUUGGACGCUUGGAUUAGUUUGUCUAAUUACAUAACAACAAAUCAUUUCAAUGAAAAUAACCAGCUACUUAACUUCACAAAUCAAACCACAAUGUCCCAAAUUCUGCAAAGUCCAUCCACAACUUCAACUAUUACUACUUAUUGCUAUCUCUUGUGGUCCCUUUGGACAACCCGAAAUGAGCUUGUUUUCAGAAGAACCGACUCUCAACCUGCGGACAUUUUAACAAGAUCUAUACAACAACACCAAGAAUUUGAAUGGGAAAAAAGUAUUGCCCCUCCAAUUCUGCCAGGUGAACCACCUACCAGAAGUACUACGAACAACUCCAGGACAAAAGUAACAAUUGACGUCGGAUGGACCAGAUCGGAAUCAGAUUGGAUAAAUAUAAAUACAGAUGGAGCUGCUAGAGGACACCCGGGAUUAGCGGGAGAAGGGUUCAUUUGCAGGGAUUCCAAUGCUCAAACCGUGAUUGCCGUUGCUCAGCCACUAGGAAUAACUGAUGCCAUCACUGCUGAAACUUGGGCAACAGUACUAGCAACAAUAACGACAACGGAAAGACAAUGGUAUAAAGUUUUGUUUGAAACGGACUCAGAAAAUCUAAUGCGCCUAAUCAAGACUACUACAGAUGCUCCUUGGCAUACCUCAGAAAUGAUUGCAGAAAUAAGAUAUCGAAUGAGUCAAAUACCAGAUUGCAACAUCCAACACACCUAUCGAGAAGGAAACCAAGAUGCAUACGGACUGGCAAACUACGCAGCAGAUGCUAGCCAAACAGGAAAUUACUGCACUACAAUUUGGGAUAGAGCAAUCCCACCGUGCAUCAAUCAAAUUCUUUUAAAUGACUAUAGAGAUAUUAAAUACCCUCGUGUAAUUUCCAUUUAA